UCCUUGGUUGAACAGAAGAAUCUGUUCCUUUUCAGUUUUCUCAUUUGAAAUUGAAAAACUAUUCAUGUAAUUUAUAAUAAUUAUUACCAGUGUUAAUUUUAAUUUUCUGAUAGUAUUUAUUCCAUCGAUUUGAGUACGUUCGUGAUCGUGAGUAGUACAAUUUUCUGUUGGUUGAAUUGAAUCUCAUUGUUUCAUCGUGCAACGUGGUAAAAACCGGAAAAGGGUUCAAGUACUUGAUAUUUACCUGUAAAAGUUUGGUACCAGUACAAAUGGGCACUCCAGCUCCAGCUAUCGGUAUAGAUUUGGGUACUACGUACUCGUGCGUUGCUGUUUUACAGCAUGGAAAAAUUGAAAUUAUCGCCAAUGAUCAAGGAAACAGAAUAACGCCAAGUUACGUGGGAUUUUCUCACGAUGAAGGAUUGUUGACAGGAGAAGCUGCGAAAAAUCAGGCAGUGAGGAACGUGACAAAUACCAUUUAUGAUGUUAAAAGAUUGAUGGGACGUGAAUUUAACGAUACUACUGUUCAGGGCGAUAUGAAACACUGGCCUUUUCAAGUCAUUAAUCAUGAGAACAAACCAAAAAUCAAAGUUGAUUUCCAAGGCACUAAUAAAAUGUUUCUUCCUGAAGAGAUAUCCGCGAAGAUAUUACAAAAAAUGAAAGCGACCGCCGAAGCGUAUCUUGGUAAAACAAUCAGGAAGGCUGUUAUCACAGUUCCAGCUUAUUUCAACGAUUCUCAAAGACGGGCCACAAAAGAUGCCGGUAUUAUCUGCGGUUUGAAUGUAUUACGUAUUAUCAACGAACCUACUGCAGCUGGCUUUGCUUACGGUUUAGAAAAUCAACGUACCGGCAAACAAACGGUUUUGAUUUUCGAUCUCGGUGGCGGAACCUUCGACGUAUCCAUUUUAACCAUCCAACAAGGUUCAUUCGAAGUUAUUUCAACCGCCGGUGAUACUCACUUGGGAGGCGAAGAUUUCGACAAUCGAAUGGUUGAUCAUUUUGUUCGAGAGUUUCAACGUAAAUACGGGAGAGAUAUCAGUCAGAACUGGAGAGCUCGUCGUCGCCUGCAAACCCAAUGCGAACUAGCAAAGAGAACUUUAUCAUCAACUACGAUGGCCGAAAUCAAAAUCGAUGCUCUCUGCGAUGGGAUUGAUUUCCAUAGUCAGAUCUCUCGUGCUCGUUUUGAAGAAUUGAACAUUGAUUUCUUUCAAAAGGCAAUGGCCCUGGUUGAAAAGGCAAUUCAAGAUGCCAAUAUUCAUAAAAGUCAGAUCGAUCAAGUAAUCUUAGUUGGCGGAUCAUCUCGAAUCCCAAAAGUACAACGGAUGUUGGAAGCUUUGUUCUUUGGAAAGACAUUGAACAAAUCUGUCAAUCCGGAUGAAGCUGUAGCGUACGGAGCCGCCGUUCAAGCGGCCAUACUUAACGGCGACAAAUCGAAUAUCGUGCGGGAUUUAGUGUUGAAAGACGUUACGCCAUUAUCGUUAGGUAUUAUGGUGGGAUAUGAAAAGAGAAUGGCUGUGGUCAUCAAACGUAAUACAUCCAUUCCAGCUAGAAUAACGGAUGGUUUCACCACGGUAGAAGAUUAUCAAACUGAAUUAUGUUUCAAAGUAUUCGAAGGCGAGUAUACUGAAACAAAGUAUAACCAUUUACUUGGCCAAUUCACACUUACGAAUGUGCCUUCUGCUCCUGCCGGUGUAGCAAAAGUCGAUGUAACAUUUGACAUCGACAAUGACGGUAUUUUAAAUGUAACCGCUGUGGAAAGAUUAACCGGUAAUUCCAAUCAAAUUAGUAUUAAGCGUGAUGAAGGUCGUCUUACACAAGAACAAAUUAGCCGUAUGGUUCAAGACGCUGAAAGAUGUCUGAAAUCCGUGGUGCUGUGAAAGGCAUACGUUUAAUUUUAAUUUUUGCUUAUCAUAUUUUGAUGAGUACUUGAUUCUGUUAUUAUGACAAAGUUAUUAUUUUGAUUUAAUUAAAGAUUUAAAAAAUCAUCAUAUAUAUUAUAAAUUAAUUGAGGAUUUUUAUUUUUCUCAGAGUUGAGUAUUGUACUUGAGAGUCAUCAUGUUUGUUACGUACAUAUGUUAUUUUGUUGCUACUUGCGCGUUGAUUUUUUUCCAUAUAUUAUAUGUAGAAGAUAGAUCGGUUGAAACUUUGAAUUUUUUCUAGACGUAAAUAUUUUGCUUAAGAAUCAUCAUCAUGUUCAAAUAUGUUAUUUCUUAGUCUUGGAAUUCAUCAUUAUAAAUGAAAAAUAUACGUAUAACGAAUUAUUGA